UAUUCUUAUUUUCAGCAUCAACAGCUUUCAACUCUCUGGCCAAUUUUCUAUUAUUAGUUUUAAUAAUUUUAACCUUUGGAGGUGGUGGUUGGAAUAAUUGAGAGGGAGAUAUGAUGCACUUAGCUCAAACUAGUUGGAAUUUGGUGAAGUUGAAUUCACCUAUUAAUGUCUUGUAUUAUUUCCCUGUCUUCUUCCUGGUUCACUAGAUGAUUCCUGUAGAAUCUGGAUUUUAAUUUUAUUUAUUGAGAUGAAUUUUGGGUAAUGGCUGGUUUGGAUUAGCAUCUAGCUUAUGUGAGCUUUUCAAUUCAGGUUCCGGUGAUGGAAAGCAAAACUGAAGGUCACAUGACAUCAGCUGCGGCCUUUGUUGAAGGGGGCAUUCAAGAAUCCUGUGAUGAUGCUUGCAGCAUAUGCCUUGAGGAGUUUUGUGAAAGUGAUCCUUCAACGGUCACUGUUUGCAGGCAUGAGUUUCACCUGCAGUGCAUUCUUGAAUGGUGUCAGAGAAGCUCCCAAUGUCCUAUGUGUUGGCAAAACAUUAGCUUGAAGGAUCCUACCAGUCAGGAAUUGUUUGAGGGAGUAGAGCACGAGAGGAGGUUGAGGGAGACUCCAUCAAGAAAUGCUGCUAUUUUUCAUCACCCUGCCCUUGGUGAUUUUGACCUGCAGCACUUAAGCAUGGGUGUUAAUGAUGGUGAUUUUGAAGAGCGACUAAUUCAACAUUUAGCCGCUGCAGCAGCAAUGAGGAGACACCACCUUGUUCGUAGGGAAGGACAGAGAACUCGAUCAUCUGCUCAGGGUCAUCCCCAUUUCUUAGUAUUCUCAACUCAGCCUAUUGCAUCUCCACUAGGUCCUGAUUCAGCAGCUGGAGGGGGAAAUGAACCAGCUGUAAUUCCUGUAGGAAGUCCAUCUACCCCAAUAGCAUUUGAUGGAGAUGAACCAUCACAGCAGAUCUCACAUAUUCGAACUCAACGCUCCUCUUCAUCUUCUGGAUCUGGCAUGGCAACAAAUCGCCAAGGAAUUUACUCUAGUGAUAGAGGCUCUGCUGCUCCUUCUUCACCUGCAAGCCAAGAUAGAGCAGGGCCGUCGGAGUUGCAGUCAUUUUCGGAUUCUCUGCGGUCCAAACUAAAUUCGGUAUCCAUGAGAUAUAAGGAGUCAAUUUCAAAGGGUGCCAGGGGAUGGAAGGAAAGAUUGUUCUCUCGAAGUUCUUCCAUGUCUGAACCUGGUUCUGAAGCUAGGAGUGAGGUGAAUGCUGAAAUUGCUAGUGUAUCCCAGUUGAUGGAAUCCCUUGAAACUAGAAAAAACACUAGAGUGCAUUCGGAGGAUGGUGGUUCAAUGGCAGAGGUGAACAACCAGAGCAGCGUUGAAGCUAGAGGAGACAACUCUCCACACCACGACAAUUCUCCAGCUGCUUGUUCUGCUAGCUCACAUUCAAGUUGAGCAGUUUUUUGUUCCGGUUAAUGCUUCUUUCCUCAGCAUCUCAUAUUUGAAGGCUAAGUGUUACUCCAGACAUGACAUGCUGAGGGGCAGAAGCUUUGGAAAUAGUCAUGGCUGUUUUACAAAAUUACAAUAAAAAUCAGGAUCUGAGAGACACCUGUGUAUAAAGCUAAAAACUAUUGUUUCUAUGCGUGUGUAUGUAUAUAUUAUGCUCGGAACGCUGAAGAGUUGUAUGUAUUUAAAAUGUCUGGGUGAAUGGCUUUUUGAAUUUGAACUUGCACCAUGUAAUCUGGUCAUAAUUGUAUCCCCAUGUGAGAAUAUUUUUUGAAAUUCAAUGAACUUAUCCCCGGGAUUUAUCAUCAUAA